GGACAUGGCUCUUUAGCCAUCCAGAAUGUGCGUUUGAUUGCCGUGAAAACGCAGCGUUGCUUCAAAGUUAAGUCAAAAUACUAUUCAUUGAAUUCAACCGAGAAUCUAGCGGUCUGCCCACCCAAUUGAUCAUUGCGAACGGGUUGGGUUUCGAGUUUUCAGAGCGAUGAGUGAGGUGUUCGAGGGAUACGAGCGCCAGUACUGCGAGCUCUCCGCAAGUCUCUCUAAAAAAUGCAACACAGCUUCUCUCCUUUCCGAUACAGAUCAGAAGAAUGAAAAGGUUUCGGAGAUUAAAUCUGGCUUAGAUGAUGCUGACGUUUUGAUUCGGAAAAUGGACCUGGAGGCGAGGAGUUUGCAGCCGAGUGUAAAGGCUAUGCUUCUUGCUAAAUUAAAAGAAUAUAAGUCUGAUUUGAAUAAGCUCAAGAGAGAAUUUAAAAGAAUUUCAUCAGCUAACGCUCACCAAGAGCUGUUGGAGUCUGGAACAGCUGAUGCACAGACGGUUUCUGGGGAGCAUAGAGAAAGAAUGGCCAUGUCAGUUGAGAGAUUGAAUCAGUCAAGUGAAAGAAUUAAGGAGAGUAGAAGAAUGCUGCUAGAGACAGAAGAGUGCGGUAUCUCAAUUUUGGGAGAUUUGAAUCAACAACAUGAAGCUCUUAUAGAAUCCCGUAAUAAGCUUCACGGGGUAGAUGAUGCCAUCAGUAAGAGUAAAAAAGUCUUAACUUCCAUGUCACAGAGGAUCACUCGGAACAAAUGGAUUGUUGGCUCCAUCAUUGCAGCUCUUAUCCUUGCAAUCAUCUUUAUCCUCAUUUUUAAGCUUUCCCAUCAUUAGUUAACCCGUAGAGUUGUCAUAUGUGCUUUAUGUGCAGAUUGUAUAUAAAAUAUCAAUCAAAUGUGGGGUAUGUGUCCCAUUUUCUAUCAUUUUGUUGUGUACUUAAUAAGAUGCAGCAGCAUCUUUACACUUUCUGAUGCAUUGUUUUUGCCAAUUGAACAAGUACAUCUUCUUCGCUACA